CGGAGCGGUGUUUGAACCCCGCACUCAAAAUGCUCUCUGUCUCGCCAGCGGCAUAACAGGGCUCGUACACGCGCACGGAUUGAUAUAAAACAACGACAGCAAUUACAAUGCAGCGCACCGUUGUGGCCCUCGCGCUGGCCGCUUGCGUGCAGGCCUUCGCGCCGCCGCGAAUCGUGGCAACAACGCCGGCUGCUAAGUCAUCAGUGCUGCCACUCCGCUCCGAGUCGGCGCUCCGCUCGGCUGUCGCCGAGGAGACCUUCGAGCAACGAUCCAGCGUGGUACCGACACUUCGCGUUGACGCGGGCGCCUCGCGUCGCGACGCGGCCGCAUGAGAGUCCACGCGUCUCGCGAGAGAGCAGUUUCGCGACGGUGCCACACGCAGGUUCACGGCGGAGACGGAUAGAGUGAUGGAGAUCAUCAUCAAUUCCCUGUACAGCGACAAGGACGUCUUCCUCCGAGAGCUCGUGAGCAACGCGGCCGACGCCUGCGACAAGAAGCGCUUUCUGUCCAUCGAAGCGGGCAACGCCGCCGACGCGCUGCGGGUGCGGAUCACGGCGGACCCGGACAAGAAGACGUUGACGAUCGAGGACAGCGGUGUCGGCAUGAGCCGCGACGAGCUCGUGGCCAAUCUCGGUAAAAUAGCCAAGUCCGGCACGAAGGCCUUCGCCGAAGCUCUUGGUGACGCUCCGGACGACGUCAAUCUCAUAGGGCAGUUCGGCGUCGGCUUCUACUCCGGUUAUUUGGUUGCGGACAAAAUGACAGUAACGACAAAAAGCAUGAACUCCGACAAAACACAUACCUGGUCGUCGGAUGCCAAAUCAGGAUUCACUGUCAGAGAAGAAGGUGAGAUUGAGGGGUCGUCGGGCACGCGCAUUGUGUUAGAUGUGAAGGAGGACUGCUCGGAAUACCUCGAAGAGGCGACCUUACGAAGGCUACUCAAGCGGUACUCGGAGUUCCUGCAAUUCCCCAUCGAGUUGUACGCCUCGAAGACGACGUACGACGACGAGGUCGACGAGGAGGCGACGAAGAAGGCCCGAGAGAGCGACCCCGACGCGAAGGAGGUGACGAAAAGUGUGACCAAUGUGAAAUUCGACUACGAGGUCGUGAAUUCCAUGAAGCCGCUCUGGCUGCGGCCGCCGAAGGAGGUGAACGCUUCCGAACACUCCGAGUUUUAUAAAUCGGCAUUUAGGGCCUUUGACGACCCGCUGCGUACUAUACAUUUUGCCUUAGAAGGUCAAGUACAGUUCAAGGCGUUGAUGUACGUGCCCAAGUCGUUACCUUUCGAGUUAAAUCAGAACAUGUUCGACGAAAAUGCGAAUAGCAUGAAGUUAUAUGUUAAGCGGGUAUUUAUUAAUGACAAAUUUGAUCUGUUACCUAGAUGGCUCGUGUUCAUGCGCGGCAUUGUUGAUAGCGAAGAUCUCCCGUUGAAUGUCGGCCGCGAGAUCCUCCAGAAGUCGAAGAUGCUCGGGGUGAUUCAAAGGCGACUCGUGCGGAAAUCGUUAGAUGCUUUUUCAGACUUACAGAAGAACGCUACCGAAUACGAUGAGUUCUGGAAGAACUUCGGGAAAUACAUUAAAGUGGGAGCGGUCGAGGAGCAGGGCGACGUGCAGAAAGAUCUGGCGAAGUUAUGCCGGUUCUACUCGACGAAGUCGGGUGAUGACCAGACCACCUUUUCAGAGUACAUAGAAAGGAUGCCCCAGAACGCCACGAAGAUCCUGUAUCUGUCCGGUGAUUCGAGGGAACAAGCUCUCAACAGUCCAGUAAUUCAAAGACUCAUAAAAACGGACUACGAAGUACUGUUACUACCGGAGGCGCUCGAUGAGAUCGUCUGCCAAGCGAUAGGCGAGGUCGACGGCAAGAAACUAGUGGACGCGUCGAAGGACGACCUCAAAGAUGUGUUUGAUGACGAUGACGAGGACGAGGACAACGGCGACUUCGAGGAACUGUGUUCGUGGCUCAAGCUGCAGCUCGAGGAUCGCGUUUCUUCCGUGAAGCUCUCGAAGCGACUGGUCGAUGCACCAGCAGCCUUAACCGAAGGAGCGUUUGGCAUGAGCCCGACGAUGCGCAAGUACAUGGCGGCGCAGGCGGUGGCGCAAGAAGACGAGUUCGCGGGCUUCGGCGGGGCGGGGAAGCCGACGCUGGAGUUGAACGCUAAAAGUUCGAUCGUGGUGGCGUUGAACAACGGGGACUUGACCUCGGACGAGGCCGAGGACGCGGCCGAGUUAUUGUUUGAUGUCGCGGCGUUGACGGGCGGGUAUGAACUGUCUGAUGCUACCGCUUUUGCGACCAAGGUGACGAAGCUGAUGGGUCAGACCGAGAUCCCGCCCAAGAAGGAGGCUGAGCCGGUCGAGGCCGAGGUCGUCGAGUGAGAUGGACCCAUGCCUCGCUUGUUGUCGACGAAGCCCCUUACUAAGAGUUUCAUGUUUUAACACUG